AUGAAGGCCUUCCUCGCUGGCGCUCGCAAACGCAAGUCGACCGACGAGCCGCCCCGCCAAGCCGCCGACGAGAAUGACGACGAGCCGACCGAGGUCAAGCUCGCGAUGCUCUCGUCGCUGCACCCCCAGGUUGAGCAGGACACCUUGAUCGACGUGCUGCUCGCCCAUGACGGCUCCGUCCGGGAAGCCUCGGCUGCACUGCGCCAUGUGCGCCCGGAGCCGACCAAGUCCGGUGUCAUUGGCCACCAGCAGUCGCUCCGGCAGUAUGCGCGCCCGGCCGACCCGUCGUCAUGCCCGCCUACGACAAAGAAGCUCAAGUCGAAAAAGGGCAGCACCCUGCACCUGUUUGAUCCCGCCGAUGUGGCCGAGCAUACGCCUUGCACCAUUGUCCAUAAUUUUCUGCCGCCCGACGUCGCCAACGACCUGCUCAAGGAGCUGCUGGCCGAAUCGGAGACCUUUGAGCGCAUCACCUUUAAGCUGUUUGACAAUGUUGUCUCGAGCCCGCAUACCUCGAGCUUCUACGUGGAUAGCUACGAAAAGUUAAUGUCGCAAAAGUCAGAGUACUACUACAAUGGUGCGCAGCUUACUGAUGUUCGGCGCAUCACGCCACAACUAUCGAGAGUGAAGCCAAUCGUUCAAGACACGGUAAAUAAGGAAAUACAGCAUCGUAUCAAAACGCGAUAUCCCGGGGGCAGGAAGCUCAAGUACCAGUCUCCCCACCCCUGGGUCCCCAACUCGGCGUUUGUCAACUGCUACAAUGGCGCCCAGGAGAGCGUCGGAUACCACAGCGACCAGCUCACCUACCUCGGGCCGCGCGCCGUCAUCGGGUCCAUCUCGCUCGGGGUCGCGCGCGAGUUCCGGGUGCGUCGCGUGCUCCCGAAAGACGCCGAGACGAGGACCGCGCAGGACGCCGACGCCGAGGGCCAGAUCUCCAUCCACCUGCCUCACAACUCCCUGCUGGUCAUGCACGCGGAGAUGCAGGAGGAGUGGAAGCACUGCAUCGCGCCGGCGCUGUCGAUUGACCCGCACCCGACAGCGGGCAACAGGCGCAUCAACAUUACCUACCGCGACUACCGCGCCCGGAUGCACCCAUCGGAGACGCCCCGGUGCGCGUGCAAGAUCCCCUGCAUCCUGCGUGUUGUGCAGCGCAAGCGGGAGAAUCUUGGAAAAUAUUUCUGGAUGUGCCAUGCGGGCAAUGUCCCGGAGAAGGAGGGAUGUUCGUUUUUUCAGUGGGCAGAGUUUGAUGAUGAUGGGAAUCCCAUUUUGAACAAGAAGCUGGUGAAACCUCCAUAA